GUGAUAGUGGCGGUGGGAAGGCCAUCAUCACGCAUUUGGAGCAUGGGUAGGCACCUGUCUAUUUAAACUCCUCCGUCUUCAACUUCUUUUGCAGAACUACAUCACAUUUACUUCAUAUCAGUAGCAAAACUCUCCAUUCCUCCCAAUUUUUUCAGCUUCGAAAACCCUACGUCUUACUGUUGAGCUCCAUUUUGAAGAACUUGGGACUAAAUUGAUAUCUUAUGGAGCAAAUGGUAGUUCAAAAUGGUGUUAAAAAGGUACAGUUGCUUCCAGCGGAAAAUGAUGACCAUGGAGGCGUUAUAGUAGAACUAGAGGAGCAUAUGGACCCAAAUAUCUUUCAUAACAUGCUUAGAAGUUCGUUACAUCAAUGGAAGCUGCAGGGGAAAAAGGGCGUGUGGAUUAAAAUGCCCAUUCAACUUGCAAAUCUGGUUGAACCUGCAGUUAAGGAAGGGUUUUGGUACCACCAUGCAGAACCUCAUUACCUGAUGCUUGUGUAUUGGAUUCCUGAAACUGGGAAUACAAUCCCUGCAAAUGCCUCACAUCGAGUAGGUAUUGGGGCUGUCAUCUUGAAUGAGAAAAGAGAGCUGCUUGUUGUCCAAGAAAGUAGUGGCAGAAUGAAGGGAACGGGGAUUUGGAAGAUCCCUACUGGUGUUGUUGAAGAGGGUGAGGAUGUAUUUGAAGCUGCAAUAAGGGAAGUAAAAGAAGAAACAGGAAUUGAUACUGAAUUUCUGGAAGUUCUUGCAUUCAGGCAGAUGCACAAGUCAUUCUUUGGAAAGUCGGACUUAUUCUUCAUUUGCAUGAUGCACCCUCUUACGUUUAACUUACAAAAGCAAGAUUUAGAAAUUGAGGCAGUUCAGUGGAUGUCACUAGAAGAGUAUGCUGCUCAACCUUUUGUUCUGAAACAUGGCAUUUUCAAAUACAUCAAAGAUCUGUGCUUGGCAAAGGCAGAAGGGAGUUACCUGGGGUUUACUCCUGUGCCGAUUAAAUCUUAUUUUGAUGAUCCUAUGAGUUACCUUUAUUUCAAUGAAGAUGGUGUGGUCCAGGAAAACUCUGCAAUUCAUCCAUGAAGAAACAGAGUGGGGCAAUCACAUUUGCCAGAUUAACGGAAUUUUUGUAUUUCUAGAUUUAAACUGAAAAGUGGAGAGACUCGGGAACAAUAUAUGGCACUCAUUGUCAAGAAAAGGUCGAUCAGUUAUUAGUACUGCAUUUUCGAGUUAGUGGGCCUUACCAACUUUAUCAUAAGUCAGUCCCUCACAGGGCUUCAAACGGUGCCUAACCCAACUGCUAAUUCCAUGGUCAAACAUUGAAAGGCCAGAAAUCUCUGGACAAGUGAGUCGAUGCUCUAAUUUCAAUGACCAUUUCUAGAAGGAAUCUCAAAUUUGAGUUUGAAACCUAGAGAUCAGUGAGCCAAUUAAAAAGUACUCCCCAAAAUCAUGGUAGCAAUAAAAUUCAUCUCUUUCAGUUUCCGCAACCCCAAUGCCCUCAACGAAUUUAGAAUUCCUCGAUUUCUUAGGGUAUGUUGGCAAAGGCACCAAGUAAUUAGAAUUGGUGUAAUUAAUAGGGUAAUAAUUAUAUAGCCUAGUAAUUACAUAGUUGUGUAAUUACGACGACAUGUUUAUUUGUCAUAAUGUAAUUAUAGCGUAAUUAAAAGUUUAUUGUUUGGUU